AUGGCACCCCUUGGCAUGCUCGCUUCUCUCUCCCUCCUCGCCGCUGCUGCUAUCGCAGCUCCUGGAGCCCCUCUCCAGCCAUACUGUGGCACCUGCAAUCCGCUCUCUGGCCAGAAUUCUUGCGAUGUGACCACAUCCUGCAUCAACACUGGCUCGCUCUUCCACUGUGCCUGUCGUGCCGGCUACAAGGCGUCGACAGACAACGAUGACUACUCGAAGCAGUUCCGUCUCAAUGUCCCGAAUUACCAGUACCUAGUCUUCACUCCAGAGAACACGGCCUGCGAUACUCUCUGUGACAAUCCUUACGGAGCUAGCUCGGAGCUCUGCGCUGAGGUCCCCAUUCAGGACAAGUGCCCUAUUUAA